ACGACUUUUCUAAAAGUCAACCAUGAAUCAACCCACCAAGCUUCUCUGUCAAAAGUUCUAAAAUCAAUUUAGAAUUGGCAUCCACUGCUUAUCUAAGCCGAAUGAUUUACGAAAGGAAAAAAAAAUUCAUCCGGCGCCUAAGAUUAUGCAUUCUCCUUACACCCCUGAAGAAGAUUCGUGAUGUUGCCAGACGACAGGCGCAAGCCUCAAAGGUAUGUUUAGCCCCUGAUGAACGUAGACCGUGCUUACACCAUUCAGCAACACAGCGAUGCUCGAUGCAAAUCACCGAAGAAACAAGUCGGUACGCACACGUGUUGAUUGUCAACAGCAGGUAGUGCUAAUAGUUAAUCCUAAAUAAAGUACGUAAUGUAUAAUGUGACCGCGAGUAAUUUCGGAGAAUUGAGCCCGAAGAUACGCGAAUCUCUGACUAGAGCGAAGUUCGUAUCGUUCGACUGUGAGUUCAGCGGUAUAAAUACGUUCGAAGAGACGAAAGUGAGCCUUUUCGAUACUGUCGAAGACCGAUAUCAGAUACUUAAAAGCAGUAUUAAGCGAUGCGUCGCGAUUCAGGUUGGCCUGACAACUUACAACUGCGACCGAAAUGCGAACAAGUAUAAAGCCGAGGUCUUCAAUUUUCAUCUAUUUCCAAAAGUAGCGCCGGGUAGAGAUACCGUAUUUGAGUGGCGCGCCUCAGCGGUUGAAUUUUUGUGCUCGCACAAAUUUGAUUUCAACAAGCUCGUCUACGAUGGGAUUUCCUACCUCAACGAGGAAGAAGAGCAGGAUCUGCGUCGCAGGGUCGCUGACAACGUCCUCCUGCGGAACAUCGAACGAUCUAUAUCUUAUACGGAAGAAGACAAACUCAAGGAAAGUUACAGCCGUGUUGCGGAAUGGCUGAAGACUUCUAAUGUCGGGGAAUCAAUGAGCCUCGACGCUGCAUCCCCCAUGCUAGAAUAUUUGAUGCAGAAAGAGCUGAGGACCAGGUACUCGCAGAUUUGGACGGAACCACGAAACGGAAAGAUCAUCUUACAAAGAGUUGACAAAGAACUGCGCAAAAUACUCGAAGAAAAAGAGGAGAAUAAACUAGAGAAAAAAUUGGUCGACUUUUACCUAGGAUUCUCGGACCUGUUUAAACUCAUGGUCAGUUUGAAAAAACCAAUCGUCGGACACAACCUACUCCUCGAUCUUAUGUUCAUGCAUCAACAGUUUUACAAACCUCUACCAGACAAAUAUAGCAUCUUCAAGAACAAUAUCCACAGGUUAUUUCCCACGAUUUAUGACACAAAACAUCUCAGCUUUGAGCUGCACCGACUAGUACAGAAAAAAAAAUUGUGGGAAUCCAACGGUCUGGCAACUUUGUACAAUUACUUCAAAGUAAACAAGGGCCAAAUUUUGGCUCUCAACUCGCCUCAAAUCUCACUGGGCGAUGAAAAAUCAUCAGAAACAGACAGGUUUCAUGAAGCUGGCUGGGACUCGUACUGCGCAGGCUACUGUUUCAUAAAGUUGGCUCACGUUUUUGCAGUCUUACACUAUGGAGGCGAUACCGAAUUGAGGCCUCUAACCAAUGCUGAAAUACUCUCAGGUCCGAAAGAGCAUGCAAACUGUAUAAACUUGAUACGUGCCAGCAUAAGCCACUUAAACUUGGCUGGUCCUGAUCCUGUCUGUGCGAGGCCACAAUGGCUUCACGUCAAAAGUCUCGGAGCAAACAAGAUGAAUGUUUCUCAGAUCGCUGAGAUGUUCUCACCGUAUGGAGCAGUGGACGUGAAAAUGCUGAAGCGUCAUCAAGCUCUCGUCGCUGUUGGAAAUCAUGGAAUCGCUCGAGAUAUAUUAACGCGUUUCCGGAGUAGCAGAGACAUUCAAGUGGCGCCCUACAGUCUGUUCCGACAUUCUCCGGCUCUGCAGAUUCUCUUAUGGGGAGGGAUCCUCGUCUCGGGCGGAGCCUUGGCAUGGGUGAUGCAUAGGAAUCUGCAAAAGAGUUCGGUGUAGUAAAAAUAUUGAAACUUAUUUGAUUUCGUCGAGAUUUGUCGCGGAACAAAAGAAAAAAAAAAAUCAAAUCAAAUCAAACGCACGCUUACAAACAGAGUGACGUCCGAUUUGUCCGAUACGAUU